AUGGCUAAAUUCUCCGAGGAAACCGGUGAAAGCGGGGAAAGCGGUCGUUUUGGCGCCGGCGGUCAUCUGAAUCUGGACGCUUCCGCGUCCGUGUUCAACGCUUCUGAGCGUCCCAUUCGCGAGCCGGUCUGGGCCGGAGCUUUCAUCAUCUGCGCCGCGAUUUUCGUUCUGCGGGAGUUCUCCUGGUUCAUCCGACCGUUGCUGUCCCUUAACUCCUUCGCGUCGCGUUUCUUCUCUCUCGAAGCGCUCUCUGCGCUUGCCAUCGCCCUGGUGUCGAUCUUCCCGACGAUGUUCGUUUUUCUUGUCUGCGUUAGAAGGAUGUCCGUUAAGCUCGUUAAGUGGUGCCUCAGAGUUACUGUAGCGUUCUUCGUUAUUCACAGCCUCAUGGCGCUACACACGCCGCCUCCGCCGCCGAGAUCCGCGGUUGCUCCUGCGGCGCCUGACGCGCCCCCACAGUCCGCGAUUUCCGGGGUUCCCUUAUCCACAUCCACGUCAGCACCCGCGCAUGGGGGUAUCGGCGGCCAAUCAGCGGCGAGCAUUUUGGAGUCCGCGGCUCCGUUCUCCAUGUCGCGUUUCCUGCGUGACACGUCAGCAGACGAAUCUCACAUCCACGUCAUCACUGCCACGGCUACCAAUCACCUCGCUGCUUAUCUCAACAGGCGAAAGCUCCAGGAAGCUGCGGUACCAGCGCCACCAGAAAACCCGAACCAGCCUGUACCCCCACCUCCAGGACCUGAUCCCAACGCAAACUACGUUCUCAGUCUUGAAAUGUUCUUAACAGACUUACUUAACGGCUUAGCCGUUCUGGCAGUGCUAUUGGUCUGCAAGGAUUACCACCCGCUUUCGUCCACUGUGAUUGGUCGAGCGUCCCAGGCUGUGAUGACCCGAGCCCGGGGCCUCAUAGUGGGGGUGGCGAUCUUCUCCUUCCUCUGCAUCGUCCUGUUUGUACCCGUUAUAGCCAGCCUCGUUGAGCUGUUUUUCUCCUGCAGAUUCUUACUCCAGCAGGAUCCAUUGUUCGGAUCACCUGAUUCGCCGUUUCAUGCCCAGGAGGAGAGAUGUGUCUUAUGGAAUGACACUAUAGCGGUUCAGUACUGGCUGUCCCCUCUCGCUGUAAUCUUCCUCUUUAUAGGCAUCUGGAUGGCGUAUCAAAUCGGCGUGACUCUCCAGUUCAUUGCCGCAGCUACAGUAGCGCAGGUCUACAGUAACCGAGACUCCAACCAAUCAGACCCCACCAACACCAGCAGCAGCAGCAGCAGGGAGGGGAGUUUGCAAGACGAAGCAGGAGGGUGGUUCGAUCGAGACGCCCUGGUGGAUCGAUGGAACGUGGUGGCUCGGGCUGUCAAGCUAGCUUACUCCUCGUCUAUGGGUACCAUCUGUCUCGUCAGCUUUAUCCUGACCCUGGCAACGGUGGUGUCUGUGCUGCUCAACGUGCUCGUGAUUUGGCUGUUCGGGAUGUCGGCGAUUGUCGUGGUGCCACGUGUCGCGAUCGCAUUCGCUCUCUUCAUCUUCACGUAUUUCUUCAUCUGGUUCGUGGUGGUGGUUCGUGGUGGUGGUGGCGGCCAUAUCAGGCCACGGCUCACGCCGCUCGCUCGCGCUCUCCGCGUUGCCUCACUGCUUUCCCUCCCACCCCAUUCCCCCUCCUCUCUUCCCCCCUCUUCCCCCCUCUCCCCCCCCCCCCACCCCAUUCCUCAGGUUCGUGGUGAUGGUGGCGGCCAUAUCAGGCCACAGCUCGCGCCGCUCGCUCGCUCUCUCCGCCUUGCGCCACUGCUUCCCCCCCCACCCCAUUCCCCCUUCCUCUCUUCCCCCCUCUUCCCCCCCACCCCUCCCCUCCCCAGGUUCGUGGUGGUGGUGGCGGCCAUAUCAGGCCACGGCUCGCGCCGCUCCCUCGCUCUCUCCGCUUCUCUGCUCCGCAACCACCUCAAGUCCGCCCUCGCUGUUAAUCUCACCGCCAAGUGCAUCCUCGGAGUCAUCUCCACCGUCGUCACCCUGAUCCUUCUCCUCUUCCUUUCCAUCCUCAUGCUGCCUCUCUUCGGCCAUCUUCUCAAGACCGACACCAUCCAAGCGCUCUUUGUCUUCCUGCCCGUGGCCCUUGCCGUCGGCAUCACAGCCUUCUCCUUCAAGCUCGUAUUUGUGCCCGUCGUCGCCACCAUGUUUGUGUGCUUCGCGUGGGACAACCGGGGUGCUGCUGCUCCAUUGGCGACCUCGCACACAGAGGAGCUGGUAGCCACAGUGGUGCCCAGAGCACAUGGUUAG